CUCGGCUGGCUCUGGCCGGGGAAGCUGCCGGGCUGGACGGCUUCCGCGGCGCUGGGCUUAGGCUGGGGUGCCCUUGGGGGAGGCGGUCCUCUGGCACCCCGGAGCAGUCCACGCGGCUACCUUGGUGUUGGACGCCCUUCUUCUAGAUCUUAUUUUCAGGCAGCGAAGAAGGUCCGUGUUAUCCAAUCCCAGAGUGCUGGGCUCCAACUGCCUACCCACUCACUUUUGGGCAAGUGGUAAAGACUCGGCGAAGACUUGAGAUGGAGGAGAAAAUUGAAAUCGCUGCUAGCCACAAUGGGACUCAGGCUGUCGGAGCGCAGGCAGGCACUCCAGCCACCAAGGAGGCAUCACUGGCAGGGGCUUAGCCAAAGACCAGGGUGAUCCAACCUGGGAAGCUGGCACCACAGGAAGGAGCUACAGCCCUAGUGGACCUCUUCCAAGCCAAGGCUGCCCCGCAGCGCAGAAGCACUCCUGUAACCGCUGGAGAGAAGUUCCUAUUGCUGCCAUCCCAGGAUUCUUUAUCUUCGUGAGUCUGCAUGACAGCAAGGUAUUGGCCGACCAAGUGUCUACCAUGCUGUUAUUGUGAUCUUCCUUGAGUUUUUUGCUUGGGGGCUUCUCACAACACCCAUGCUCACGGUCUUACAUAAAACAUUUCCUCAGCAUACAUUUCUAAUGAAUGGUCUCAUUCAAGGUGUUAAGGGUAUUUUAUCCUUCAUGAGUGCUCCACUGAUAGGUGCUUUGUCUGAUGUCUGGGGAAGAAAAUAUUUCCUCCUUAUUACAGUUUUCUUCACUUGUGUCCCUAUUCCAUUAAUGAAGAUAAGUCCAUGGUGGUAUUUCGCAAUGAUUUCUGUAUCUGGGAUUUUUGCUGUUACGUUCUCUGUAAUAUUUGCAUAUGUAGCUGAUAUAACUCAAGAACACGAGAGAAGCACUGCUUAUGGAUUGGUAUCUGCUACGUUUGCGGCAAGUUUAGUAACUAGUCCUGCUAUUGGAGCACAUCUGUCUAAUUUGUAUGGUGAUAACUUGGUGGUGUUAGUUGCUACGGUGGUGGCUGUUGUAGAUAUCUGUUUCAUUCUACUAGCUGUACCAGAAUCUCUACCUGAAAAAAUGAGACCACCUUCAUGGGGAGCUCUUAUAUCAUGGGAACAAGCAGAUCCCUUUGCAUCUUUGAGAAAAGUUGGAAAAGAUUCUACAAUCUUGCUGACUUGCAUCACUGUUUUUCUUUCUUAUCUCCCUGAAGCCGGCCAGUAUUCUAGCUUUUUCCUUUAUUUGAGACAAGUGAUAAAAUUUGAGUAUGCAAGCAUUGCAACAUUCAUAGCUGUGAUUGGCAUUCUUUCUAUAGUCGCUCAGACUGUCUUUCUCAGCAUCCUGAUGAGGUCUAUAGGGAACAAAAACACAGUGCUGCUUGGCCUUGGUUUUCAGAUGUUCCAGCUGGCCUGGUAUGGUUUUGGCUCUCAGCCUUGGAUGAUGUGGGCAGCUGGAGCUGUUGCAGCCAUGUCAAGUAUCACAUUCCCAGCAAUCAGUGCUCUUGUGUCACGCAACGCAGAUUCGGAUCAACAAGGUGUCGUCCAGGGGAUAAUAACUGGAAUCAGAGGUCUGUGCAAUGGUCUUGGCCCUGCUCUCUAUGGCUUCAUAUUCUUUCUCUUCCAUGUGGAACUUAAUGAGUUGGCACCAGUUCAGGAUAAGGCUACUAGGCAGGAUCCAAGUGAUGAGAGUGCAAUUAUACCUGGUCCUCCUUUCCUUUUUGGAGCAUGUGCAGUCCUCCUAGCCUUUCUGGUUGCCUUAUUUAUCCCCGAGCACAGUAAAGCCGCCAAUACCAGGAAGCACAGCAACAGCAUCAACAGUAUCCAGAGCAACAGUCCAGAUCGGGGUAGUGAUGAGGAUAUUGAACCUCUGCUUCAAGAUAGCAGCGUAUGAAAGCAGUUUUCUUCUAAGGUGUUAACAGAGACAGUCAUCGGGCAGACAUAAUCCAUGCACUGAGCUCUGAAUCCAGAGCAGUUCUCUUCUGGGGUGAACUUUUGAUCUGUCAGAAGCUUUGCACAUUUCACUCACCUAAGAUAUCAUGUACAAGUGGGCAUUGGUAUUCAAUUAAGGCUGAUUGCAACCACCUACUGUGGAUUUUCUGUAAAACAGUCCAAAGCAAGUUUUUCUUUCUGUAUCCAUGCAAUUGGGAAAGAUGAUCUUCAGAUAUAGUUAAAUACUUGAGUACCCAGAUUCACUGUGAGCAAACCAUAACCUUGCUAGAUUCCCCCCCUCCCCCAAGAGUCUUCAUUGCUUCUCUACUCUCUUGUAGCUCAUGGGGUUUUGGAAAAAGAAAUACUCCAUUUCAAUAAACAUUACCGACAAAGGUUUCUAUCACAAUCCCACUCCAUCAAUGCAUUCUUAAUCUCUCUCUAACAUGCUGCCUGAUUGAUUGAAUAUUGCUGAACUAUUUCAAGUGUACAGGGAAUGUCAAUUGAAAGAUAAACUAUUGGUGCAUUUUCAACCCUUGUUUUUAAAAUCUCUAACUGAGAUGUUAAUUAAAAGGGCUCCUGUUGAAAACCUGAGCAUGGCAAGGAUGCCAAUCCCUUUGAUAAAAACCGUUAGUGAUGCUCACUUCUGGCACCUCCAAUGUGGCCAGUUCUGACGUAUGAACUAAUUAAAUGGGUGCUGAGGCAAUUUAUAUUGACGUGUAUUUAUCACAUCAUCUGUCAUCUUUUAACUGCCAUACAAAACAUUUCUGUCUUAUUUAAUUUCACUCCUGCCUUAACUGCUACUUAGUGUACAUUGUUAUCAGCUAUAUUUAGCCUUCAUAUCAAUUCUGAAGAAUCUCAUAGAAUUAUAAUUAUGAAAUGUCUAUCUAAAAAGACUUUAAAAUAUGAUUUAGUUUCUACAGAGUACCAUGUUACAAUUUUUAGAAGCAUUUUUGAAAUUGCACAGGUUUCUGUGUAUUUUGUGGCAGUAAAAAUGGAACAUUACACAAAUCUAACGAAGUACUCUUAUGAAUGUUUUAUAUGUAUGAAUAUAUGUAGAUAUUUAUAAGAAGUUCUACUUUUUUCCUGAUGGAGUACUGUGUAAAUCUUGUAUUUAUAAAUGUAAUGAGGGCACUGACAGAUAUACAGCUUUUAUAAAGGAUUGUGUAAUGACGGAACAAAAUUUAAAUAUAUAUAUAUAUUUUGAAACUUGGUCCGCCUUAAGCAAAGAUAUCAAACCUUUUGUACUAUGCAGUUUCGUUUUUAAGUUAAUAAGCUUCCUAAUGCAUAAUAAAUUUGCGAACUAUAUUAUU